GUCACGUGUCCCCAAAGAUGGCUGCACCCUGGCGAGAGGAGCGAAGGUUGCCCUGAACCGUGCAUGGUGGAGGAGCACGCGGGAGGCGCGCACGAGGUACUGGCAUUCCGGAACAAGGCUCAAUAUGGAAAAUCAUAAAUCAGAUGAUACUAUCAAGGAAAACAUAACUGAUAUUAUAGCCAGAAAAAUUAACCAACUUCCAGAGACAGACAGGAACCUACUUGAACACGGAUCAGUAUAUGUUGGACUUAAUGCGGCUUUCUGUGGUCUGAUAGCAAACAGCCUUUUUCGGCGCAGCCUGCAUGUGACACAGGCUCGUAUAGCUGCUGGCUUACCAAAGGCAGUGAUCCCGCUUUUGUCAGCAAAUGCCUCUUACACAGGUUUUGUAACUUUACCUCUGAGUACAGGUGAUCUGAAUUGUGAAACCUGCACUAUGACACGGGCUGGACUGAUUGGUUUAGUUUUUGGUGGUCUGUACCCUGCUUUCUUGGCUAUGCCUGUGAAUGGUGCCCUAGCAGCCAGGUAUCAAUCAGCACUGCUACCAGAGAAAGGAAACAUCUUAACCUACUGGAUUAGAAUAGCUAAGCCUGUCUUCAGAAAGAUGGUAUUUCCCCUUCUACUUCAGACUGUGUUCGCAGCAUACCUUGGAGCUAGACAAUAUAAACUACUUAUAAAGGCUCUUCAGUUACCCGAACCAGGCCUAGAAAUUAACUGAUUUUUAACUAAGUAUGUAUAUAAAAUGAAAGUGAAAAUGUUUCUCUUAAAAAUAAACUUACAGUACAUGAGGUACAAGGCUAUAUACAGCAACAAAAGGCUAAAUCACAGUAAAAACUAAUCACUUAAAUAGGAGUAAAGAUAGUUGUACUCUGGAAGAGAGCUUGUCUAGCAUGCUUGAGGCCCUGGCUUCAAUCCCUAGCACUAUGCCAAAAAAAAAAAAAAAGCAUUUCUCUGUACUUUGCCCAACACUGUCUUUUCCACCCUCCUUUUGCUACUCCUUUACUUUAGGCAUUGGGUUGGGUCUGUAAUAUAAACGAAAACCUAACCACAUAGCAGUUUCUGCUGCACGAAGCCAGACAG